AUGGACUUAUGGUUAGCAAAUUUUCUCGCUCAAAACAGAGGCUUACCAGACUUUGAGCAGGUUGCAAGCCUUCUUUGGGAAAUCUGGAAGGCGCGGAAUCACUUCAUCUUUCGCCGCGUUCAGAAGUCCCCAGAUCAGGUUAUCGACUCUGCUUUUGCCCUGGCCUCUCUACAGAAACGAGUCCAUCAAAAGGAUUUAAAGGGCCAUUCCUCUUGGCUGAGCCCCAAUCGGUCUUGGCAACCUCCCCCGCUGGGCACGAUGAAGAUCAAUCUGGACGGCUCCUUUCCCACGGCAUCUCACAGAGGAUCGAUUGCUGGUAUGGCCCGCGACCACUCGGGUAGACUGCUUGGUGGAAUCACACGCUCUGUCUCUGCCUCCUCUGCUCUCGAGACCGAGAUCCAGGCAUUAAUUUUGUCUCUUCACGAUCUGAUUCAGCAAGAGUUAACAGAUUCUAACCUGCUUGUGGAGUCCGACAGCAUCGUCCUCGUUGAAACCCUAAAUCGGGGUCGCCUGCCGCCGUGGGAGUGCCGCGCCCUCUUCACCGAGUGCUUUGAUCUACUUCGCCGAUUCUCUCAUCUUCGUGUACAGCACUGCCGUCGGGAGGCUAAUACCCUCGCAGAUUGGGCAGCAAAGGCCCAUGGCUGCGGAUCCCUCUCUUCCGCUUGGUUUGUCUCCCCUCCCCAAGUUAUGCUUGAUAUUCUCUGUAAAGACGCCCUCGCUCAGGGUUGCUUUGUAUUUCCCACGUGA